CGGUCAACAUCUCGUGCUGAAGCAACGGGUAUUUUGUCCGCGGAAUGAUUAUUCGGGCAAAUGGUGGAAUGGAGAGACCGGGGUUACGUUCCGGACUCAGAUGAGGAGGAAGAUGACUCUCAGCCUACUUUUCCUACCCAUCAAUUUCCCGCUCAGGAUGACGCCGACAGCGAGGACGAGUUGUCCAAGGAUUUUGGCACAAGCUCCAAUGGCCUCUGGAGUAUACCACGUAUCAGGUCAAGCGGUGCCACGCUCAAGGACAAAAUCGCCCCCGGCUCCGUCACGCGCGAAAAUCAUAAAGAGUCGAUAGAUCAACAAGAAGUGCCAUCCUUGUCCCCGAAGCGGCUACACUCAUCGGGAGAUUCUAGUCAACCAACACCAAAAACAGACUCGCCAUUGGUUCUGCAGCAGAAUCCAGAACUUACGAAAGAGACGCAAUUGCCAGAAGCUCGUGAUGCAAUCCCGUUACACCCCGACUGUGAGACCUCUGCUCACUUCGAUACCAUAGACGGAAAUCUCUCAGACUCAUCUUCCUCUCUCCUCAGUGAACCGCCGUUGGAUUUGGAACAAAAUGGAAUGUUCGGAGAUCUUCCGGCGCUCCCAGAGGAACCCGGUAUCUCCGGAUUUGCUGGCGUUGUUCUUCCAACGAUCGAUAGACGGGAAGCCUCUAAUGGGCUUUCUCGACGCUCAUUGAGGCAGAGGAACCCUAUUCAACUUCACCCUUAUAUGCUAGAAGGAGAGAGAUACAGACAAUUUCUGCGUGCAAGAGGCUUGAAACCCCUGCGAAUAGCAGCAGAUAGCCAGCAAACGAGACGAAGAGGGAGCAACUCGUCGGAUGUGGAGUAUCAGGCGGAUAACGCGGAAUCGCAGUCUAUUCCAGCGGCGAGCUCGCCACCAAGGGCUUCACCAUCACGAGUUCUUGGCAAAUUUCCUUCCAAUCCGCCUCCGAAUGUCAUGACUGAGCUGAACAUUGAUUUUGGAGGUGACGAUGACUUCCCUGAUGUCGAUGCGAUACUUCACAGAAACCUUGAAGGUGCCGUGCAAGCGGGCCACAAACGCCGAAAAACUCAGACCUACACUCACAAGCAAAGGAAAGUUCCUAAUAUUGUUGCCCCGCAGGGGUCUCCUGCAAAGCUCAUUAGGACAGAAGGGCAGGAUGACGAUUCAAUUUUCAAUAUUCCGCCAUCUUCACCAUCGUCUAACACAACGCGACUGACGGACGAAGAACUUCCAAUCCGUGCAGCAUUCAAAUUUCCUCGGGGCGUGUCCAUCGACCCGCCUGAUACCCCUGCAACGUCAUCCGAAACAAGAAAUGCGCCACUUGUGGAAUUAUCAGAAGACUCUGAUAGUGGAAAUGAUUUUGACCAUCGCCCCUUGAGACCGAUUUUGGCCCCACACUCCCCUGGUCUUCCACCGUCUCCUCCAGUGCUAUCGACUGGCCCAUCUCAUUCGGCGUCUCAAAAUGAUGAUUCAAAACAGUUGAGAAAAGUCAGAAGACGAAUAAAGGGUGUCCUCCCCGCCUCGUGGUUGAGGCUUGAUCAACAGGCCCAGAAGACCACUCGAGCCGGGCAUCCUUCGCAUAACCACCAAAACCCACCCACAACUGAUACAAACCCGCAACGAGGUGUUGCCCAAAGAUUGGCUGGAACCAGAAGGCAUGAUGUUUCAACUCCUCGAGGAGUAUCAGGUCCUUUUCUCUUAUCAAGCUCAAGUGAAGAUGAUUCCGACGAUCAGACUAUACAAUAUACAGGGCCAGUGAGGCACGAUGAUUUCUCUCAUCCUUUCACAGAACCUGAAGACGUCCAAGAAGAUAAUCGGAUUGACUUGAUGCUUCCUUCUGUGUCACGCCAUCGACAGUCGGGCAAAGGCCAGCGAAAAAAACAGCUCAGACUCACAGAUAUCAUUCAAUCGACCGUGGAAAGGAGAAUCGGAAAAGGUACCCCUUCAGGUUUGUUGUCUCCAGUAUCGUCGAAACGGCAAAAGAAGAAUCACCUCUCCUCCAAGCUUCAGAAAGCUAUUCAACGGAAGUCUGUGACUCCUGCUCCGCCCAAAUUGAGCAUAAUAGAUGCUCCAGCGUCUUUGGUUUCUACCCAAGACACACCCAAGUUCAUCAGGUUGGCUUUACGUCAAGCACGGCGGCAGAAGAAUUACGGCAGACACAGUCCGACAAGUAAAGUGAUUCGGCUUCAUACCGUAGAAGACACUCAAGAUGCGACAUCUGUUCUACGGGACUGGCGGCGUGGAAAGAUUAGACCGUGGACAAGCAGGGACAAGUCGCCCAUCCGCGACGAUGCCCAGCACCCUCUCGCACGACUCCCUGAAAAUGACUCUCGGAGUGCAAUCCAGCGCCCAGCCCCGGUGGCCGAAGCUGAGGGGCUCAGAGGGUCGAGCAACGCGGAAAAUUCUCUUAGAUUUCCUGAACAACUGCCACUGGUUCCUGCUCAACCAGUAAAACAAAAAGGGCAAUUAAAGGCAAAAACAAGGCAGACGGUGUUUGGGCCGCGGAUAUCUCUCAAGAACAAGCCUAAGAGGCAAAAAGGCCUUCAACCGCUUCUUCAAAGACAUCAACCACGUCCGGCUCAAGUGGAAUGGACCGAAACCGACUACGGUCAGCGUCACCCACGAGCGGCCUUUCAGCAGAAGCUCGGGAUAAUUGACCGUCAAUUCCAAGAAAAAUCGACUAAGGACUCGAAAAUUUCGAAUUUGCCUCUUGAAAGGUUUCUCGAGGACACCACUGAUAUGCCCUCAAUUACAAGCAACGGCCAGAUGCGUACUGCUCUAGAAACGAACAACGAUAGUUUCAAUGGCCCGCCUGGGCUGUUACGAGUUGACCAGAGCCGUCGUCAACGCAAGCGCAUUGCCAACCGUCUGGAUAUUAAUGCUAUAAAUUUUGGCCAACUUGAAGGCUCGGUUGUGGUGCCUGACGAUGGUAUCUCAGAGUCAGGUCAAACAUCUCGCACCGACUAUAGUGGCGCUCUUAGAAACGUAGGAAGUUACGGCACUGUUCAUACUACCGACUUCCAAAUGUGCCCACUGCGAAUAGGAACGUUCUUUCAUAAAAGCACGUUUAUUGGGAGUGGAGAUCUUGCGAAAGUCUUGCAUUUUGUGCCGUCAGAAACUAUUUCCGAGCAGUCAUCUACCACAAUUCAAUUCCAUGAUCAGAUGUUCAAAUGGGGCCCGUGGGACGAAUCUACUUCAUCUGAGAUGGGGCUAGUACUAUGCUGGAUGGGCGAGAGACUGGGGGACGGCUCAGCUCGGAAAGACUUUGUUGAAAGUAGGGACAUCUGCAUCUACGAAAUAGCUGUAAACCUACUUCGGUCUAUUGUGCACUACUUCACGAGCACAUUGACGUUCUUAGAUCCUGUUGAUCGAACGUUUUUCAUUCUCAGAAUGUUACGCCUCAUCGAGCCACUUUCAGUGGAAACGCAGAAAGCUAUUUCCCUGGCAGCUUCUGAAGUACAGUCAUGUCCGCAACCGUUCGAGCAUCUUCUGCACAUUCAAAUGUUGGUGCUUGUUUCGACUGCGUUCAUAAUCCAAACAGCCGCUCAAUCCCUCGUGGAAACACAACAUCGGAAUGAAGCCGAAAAUGUCCUAAAACGGGUAGCUCAAACCCUCGCUAGAUCUCUUGUUGCAAGGGGAGUUGCUAUGAUCAAAAGGUUUUGCCAAGAAAACAAGAGAGGUCAUCGUGUGGAGACAGGUCGGGGAAGUAAUAAUAUUGUGGCAGAGAGUUGGGUCGUUAUGAUGAAGAUUGUUGAGAAGAUGCGCCCUCAGGGGGUUACUUUCUGGGAGAUUGCUAACGCAGAAAUUUUGAGUGUUGAUAUCGAAACAUGCUCCGAUGCGCGCAUCUUCGAAGAUAUUUGGGCGAAUAUAUAUGCCCUACUCCCUCUUCAAGAGUUUGACGAUAAUGGCCUUCUUGAUGGGGAAGUGAGGCUAGGUCCAUCUGAAGAAAACUGGGUGCCUGUUCAAAAAGUUCUUGCUCGACUAUUUCAGCUUUAUUCCACGUCUUCCCACAUUCAGCCUCCUGUUUACAACUCUUAUUUACGGGCCAAUUUCGCUCGCUGUUUUCAUCUCAUCACACAAUGGAGAUGGUACCGCUGCGAGUCCAUCGUUCUGCUCAUGUUUGACUUUUUGGGCCGCCAGAAUGGACUGUCACACUUGCGGAAUGAAGAGAGUCACGGAUCGCCAGCCUUUCUGGAACAUCUCAAUGGCAAGUUACAGUUAUCUAUCGAACCCCGAGAUCGCUGUUUUCACAUAUUUCUCAAGCUUGUCGGAUCAGGCUUGCAAAAGCUGCGAGGCAUCUAUACUGACAGAAAGAUUGGAAAUAUUACCUGGCGGCUGUUACCAAAUCAUGGACGGCUCUUUUCCAAACACGAGACCGUGCGUCAGGAAGAUCUCGAUUCCCUGAGAAACCAUCAUGAUCUUUUGAGCGUCCUUUAUUGGGCUUGUCCUCCUUCUGUGCGACCCCGACCAGGCAGCAUCCAGAGCCUUGUUGACCCCGAGACAUCUCAUAUUGAAGCUUGCCAAAUUAAUAUCCGCACAUGGUCUAAUUUGGUGCGAUUUCAAUUGUCCACCGAUGAGUCGGCUUCUCGACUCGAACCGUUUUCUGACUGGCAUAAUGAAUUUAUUGGACUGCUCUUGGUGCAGCACGCUAUGGCCCGGUCUGAAGGGGAGGCUCACCUUUCUGCAGCGACCAGAGAGGGCCAACAGCGUGUUACAGCUGAUCUUGUGGAGACUGUAAUUAGCAGGAAUCAGCGAUCAAUUGAGGCACUCUUGUCUAGUGCUCUUUCCUUGAUGCGAAAUGCUAUUUCUCUUGCGAGCAAUGGGGAGUGUGCAAAGUUGUUGCUCUCCAAAGCUUGCACUGUUGACAUCUUCACACUCUUUGAUUCGAGGUGCCCGCAAAGGAAUAAGAUUGUUUCGCAGUCGCUAGACAUCGUCCUGGAAUACAUUGAUGUCUUCAAUAGCUCUUCCGUUACCCAACAUCAGCCGGGUGAGGACAGUCAGGAAUAUGGAGAUUGGUCUGCUUUUGAAGAAGAUGCGGCUGCAUCGGUUCAGGAGAUGUCUGAUUAUAUUUCCCCUCAAAUAUACGACAGCUUGCAGCGUCUCCUUUCCAAUUGCUUCGGUGCUGAUAUACCGCCUGAUGAGAACAUUCUUCUCAAAGUCAUUGAAGUAUGGACAACGACAGCUCGCUUUCUUGUACAGAGGAAUUUCAAGACAUGGGAAAGUUAUAUUGGAUCAUAUGGCUCUGAUUCUUGGGAAUGCCUAAGAGGAACGGAGCAGACGAGAAAGUUUGCACCUUACUUUCUUUCAAUGGUUCUUGAAAAGGAUAAUUCAAGCUACCAUGUUCAUAUGCAAUUUUUCCUUUCAGCCUGGAUCACUUGCCUAGUCGAACGAGAAUCGAUGCUCAAAUUCCAACAUCGACUGACUACUGCACUCCUCAAUAUAGAUGGAGCCAAUCCACUACUUAGGAAUCCACCUUUCUGGGCAGAUGCAAAGACUGGUCUGUUCUCUAUCACGCCUCUGGAGUUCCGAGAGAGACGUCUGUCUCUAAUAUCAACGGUACUUGACAAUAUGAGAGAAAGCCUGGCAGAUGUAGAAGAAUCACCAAACAAGGCGAUAGCGCUGAGACAACAAUAUAAAGCGCUUCUGAAACAGAUGAUGACAGCCAUGAGAAACAACUACCAGGAGCUUCGCGAAGAAACGGGUUUCAGCGGCGUCUACGUUGACUUUGUGCAGCAAGUCAUCCAGGCACUGCAGCAGCAUACUGCCGAUAUUUGUCCAGUCGACCGAUUCUUCACCGACUCCAGCGCGUUCCCCCUUCCAGCCAGCGAUCCAACAUAUGUAGUAGGACGGCUGAAGAGUUACGGGCUACGACUGUCAGACAUUAGAAUGCCCAAACAACUCGUGACAUUCACACAGACUGUAUCUGAGCGAGCAUCUGUGGACAAUCAGCAAUCCUACCUCGUCAACCAACUCCGACUAGCAAUGAGCGGAACAUUUGAAGAUGGCGAUCCGGCACGGCCUACGCUACGUGCAUUCCUUUUACAGGCCGUGUUUCCAGCGUAUUUGCAGCUGGCAUUCCAAACCGCGGCAGGCUGGAUUCUCGCAAAACCUCUUCUGCGCGCCGUCGAAUAUACCUUUGAAGACGUCCUCGAGGACCUCGAUGCAAACAACACCCGCUGUGUCGAAUCUGUCAUCGCCUUCAUUACAAGCAUGCUAGACACCUUUCGCCAAUCCUUUGAGCUCCUCGUCGAUCACUCUGGCCUGCUCGAACAAUCCUCCACCGUCAGCCUCCUUGCCUCGUCCUUUGCCACCAUCACCGCAGCCCUGUCUCCCAUCGACUACCUCCAGCGCUGCACCGGCCGAGCCAACCACGCAGUCAAAUGCAUUGCCUUUUUCCGAUCUUUUGCCAUUUUCGUCGCAACUCUACUCCUCGGCCAUCCAGACAGUCUUGUUUCUCCAUAUAUUGGACUCGACAACAGUUUUGGGUCCUCUGACCAUCUGGAUCUCGAGUCCGAUUCAGAUGCGUUGGACGAGUCGGAUAAGUAUCAUGACAUUCGCCGCUUCUGCACGCACGAGCUCCAACAGUCCCUCGCCAAAAACUGGACGCACUAUGCAAAUCACUAUUUUCUUUUGAGAGGAAAUAUGCGCAAGCAAGUCAUGGUCGAUGCCAGAUCCCUCGAGGACGAAAAACUGGAUUUGUUUGCGGCUAUUCAUACCUUUUUAAUGGUCCUCGGUCGAAUGUCGGGCCUUGGAUUCGCGGGGUGUACGUCUUUUUCUUCUGGUUCUGCGUCCGCCUGGGGUGGGAGUGGUGGGUGGGGCGGUGGUGGGGGACGGGCGGGUGGGUUUGAACCUGGUGGGGUCGGUGACGGUGGUGCGGGUGGGUUUAGCAGUGGUGGCGGGGGCGGGGUGGGUGGAUAUAGCAGAACUCAUGCUCAUGAUCAUGACGACGAAGAUGAAGAAGAGCAAGUUCUUCGGGGAAGACCGAAACGGGAUCAAUCCUUGGGAGUAGCAGAGUUGUUGAUUUAAACAACAGUACUACCUUUAACCUUUGUAUCUUUUUUUCUUUCUUCGUCGUCUUUAUACAACAACAGCUAAGGGUUUGGGGUUGGGGGUUGGGGGACGAGAGAGCAAUGCCCGGUCUUACAGUAGAACUAGGAUGUGGAUUUAGAUACCAUAGACAAUAUGGACUGCAUAGUUACCUAGGUACGCUAGGACAAAGGAUGAAAAACUACUACAUACAACAUACAAC